CGGGGCACUAUUCCAUCCAGAGAGGAAGAACAGACACUUCGAGCUGUGUCUCACUAACUCUGGUCCAGUGCCGUGCCUGAUUCAUAGCAGCUGCCCUGCCCCGGGAGAAGUCAGAGAAGCCACACAAGAGAGGAGAGAGCUUGGCCCCUCUCUCACUGGACGCUGUUUCUGGUCAUUUUGUCUGGGUCCUGGGCCCUCGUGUGGACAUCCAGGCCUGCUGGAGGGGCUGACGGCUGACAUGGCGUCCGGCGGGGACCCAGAGGAGGAGCAGGUGGUCCCAGACGAGGAGGAUGGAGCCAGCGUGCGGGCGGUGCAGGCCCACUACCUCCGCAGUCCCUCCCCCAGCCAGUUCUCAGUGGUCUCGGACGCAGAGACGGAGAGCAUUUUCAUGGAGCCCAUUCACCUCUCCUCAGCUGUGGCGGCCAAACAGAUCAUCAGCGAAGAGCUCAAGCCUCGGGGGCUCAGAGCAGGUGCAGAGUGUCCGGGCAUGCUGGAGUCUGCAGAGCAGCUGCUGGUGGAGGACCUGUACAACCGGGUCAGGGAGAAGAUGGAUGACACCAGCCUCUACAACACCCCCUGUGUGCUGGACCUGCAGCGGGCCCUGGCCCAGGACCGCCAGGAGGCCCCCCUGAACGAGGUGGACGAGGUCUGGCCCAAUGUCUUCAUAGCUGAGAAGAGCGUGGCUGUGAACAAGGGGAGGCUGAAGAGGCUGGGCAUCACCCACAUCCUGAAUGCGGCGCAUGGCACCGGCGUCUACACUGGCCCUGAAUUCUACACUGGGCUGGAGAUCCAGUACCUGGGCGUGGAGGUGGACGACUUCCCCGAGGUGGACAUCUCCCAGCACUUCCGCAAGGCUGCCGAGUUCCUCGAUGAGGCACUGCUGACCUACAGAGGGAAAGUCCUGGUCAGCAGCGAAAUGGGCAUCAGCCGGUCAGCAGUGCUGGUGGUGGCCUACCUGAUGAUCUUCCACAACAUGGCCAUCCUGAGGGCCUUGAUGACCGUGCGCAAGAAGCGCAUCUAUCCCAAUGACGGCUUCUUGAAGCAGCUGCGGGAGCUCAACGAGCGGCUGAUGGAGGAGAGGGAGGAGGACUGUGGCCCGGAGGGAGCCGGCGAGGACUCUGGGAGCACGCUCGGGGCGCGCGCCCGCUUGACGGUGGAGGAGGAGGAUGACGCCACCAGCCACCUCAGCGGCUGCUCCCUGGGGAAGGCCAGCCAGGCCUCCAAGCCCCUCACCCUCAUUGAUGAAGAGGAGGAGGAGCAGCUAUAUGAAGAGUGGAAGAGGGGCCAGGGCCUGCCAGCCGGCAGGGCAGCCGGGGCUGGACAGCGCCCGCGCUCGGCUUCCUGGCGCCAGAGCAGCCAGGAGCAGGAGCAGGAGCAGGAGCAGGAGCAGGAGCUCGGGGACCAGGUGGAGAGGCUCGUCCAGGAGUGGCAGAGCCGGAACGAGCGGUACCACGCGCAGGGCCACCAGCGGUGGGCUCUGGAGGAGCAGGAGGAGGAGGAGGAGAGCAACUGCGGGCGACGGCGCAGGCGCACCCUGAGCCAGAGCAGCUUCUCGGAGAGCGAGAGCGCGCUCAGCCGAAGCGCCGCGGUCCUGCGGCAGGUGGAGCUCAGCUGCCCGAGCCCAGGGGCCCGGCGCCGCUCGGACUCUGUGUCCACCGAGAGCACCUGGGACGUGUACGAGAGGCUGCUGGAGAUCGAGAGGGAGGCCGCCCGGAGGUUCCGCUCCAGGAGCCGGAGGGAGGAGGCGGACGCGGGCUCGGAGCCCGGGAGCAGGGUGCCUGAGGACGACCAGGAGAGCGUGGCCUCCGAGGCCAGCUCCUUCUACAACUUCUGCAAGAACAAGGACAAGCUCACUGCCCUGGAGAGGUGGAAGAUUAAGAGAAUCCAGUUCGGGUUUCACAAGAAAGACCUGGAGGCAGGAGAUGGCGGCGGUGAGCAGGGCGCGGAGGCUGCUGCGGCCGAGCGCAACCCCUCCGACGUCAAUCUGACGGCCUACCAGGCCUGGAAGCUGAAACACCAGAAGAAGGUGGGCAGCGAAAACAAGGAGGAGGUGGUGGAGAUGAGCAAGGGAGAGGACGUGGUCUUGGCCAAGAAGAGACAGCGGAGGCUGGAGUUGCUGGAGAGAAGCCGGCAGACGCUGGAGGAGAGCCAGUCCCUGGGGAGCUGGGAGGCGGAUGGCUCAGUGGCCUGGCGGAGCAUCCCCCUGUCUGCUCUCUGCUCCGCAGCCUCCUCAGUCAGUGCUAAUGGGGACACCGCGUCUGUAUUCAGCACCCAGAGCCACCAGUCCGGCCCGUCCCAGGCUGCAAGCAGCGUAGGGGGAUACUCCGCCGCCAACCCCAGCACACCCCUGCCUAGCCUGCCAGUGGGGCCUGGGGACACCAUUUCCAUCGCCAGCAUCCAGAACUGGAUUGCCAACGUGGUCAGUGAGACCCUGGCUCAGAAGCAAAGCGAACUGCUGCUGUCGUCUCGCUCACCAUCCAUUGCAAGCAUGAAGGCAGCGCCUGCGGCCAGCUGCCUGGGGGACGACCAAGUCUCCAUGCUCAGUGGACAGAGCGGCUCCUUCCCGGGUGACCGCCUGCUGUCUCAGAGCCAGGCAAGACCUAGCGGCGACACGCAGUCCGUGCUGUCCUCCGGCAGCUCACUGAGCUCACGGGCUGAGGGCACGGGGAGCAGAGCGCAGGGGGCCAGCAAGCCCGUCUACAGCCUCUUUGCUGACAGCGUGGACCUGAAGGCGCUUGGCCGGAAGGAGAGGGAGAUGCAGGUGGAGCUGAGGGAGAAGAUGUCCGGGUAUAAAAUGGAGAAGCUGGCCUCGGACAACAAACGCAGCUCCCUUUUCAAGAAGAAGAAGGUCAAGGAAGAUGAGGAUGACGGCGUGGGUGACAGGGAUGGCGAGGCAGACAGUGCCAUAGGGAGCUUCCGAAACUCUUCCCGCAGUGACUCCCAGAAGCCUGACACGGACACCUCCUCCUCCCUGGUGGUCUCUAAUUGUCCAGGGAGUGGCAGCAGAGCUGGCAAGGACGUGGACAGCAGCAUCAGUAAGUGGCUCAGUGGCCUCAGGGCAGAGGAAGACUCUCCUCCCCAGAGUGACUGGUCGGGAAGCUCCCGGGGGAGGUACACCAGAUCUUCCCUGCACCGGGAGACUGAGUCCAAAUCCUCCAGUUACAAGUUCUCCAAGUCCCGGUCCGAGGAGCAGGACACCUCCUCCUACCGCGGCGCGGACGGCAGCUCCGUAAGGAGCACGUCUCGCUUCUCCGCGUCCUCCGCCAGGGAGGGCAGGGAGACACACGAGUUCAGGUCCACCUUCAGCGAGACCUCCAGCUCCCGGGAGGAGAGCCCAGAGCCCUACUUCUUCCGCCGGACCCCGGAGCCCUCUGAGGGGGAGGAGUCCCCAGAGCCACGGCGCUCAAACUGGGCGAGGCCCAGGGACUGGGAGGAUGUGGAAGAGUCCUCCAAGUCGGACUUCUCUGAGUUUGGAGCCAAGAGGAAAUUCACCCAGAGCUUCACCAGGUCCGAAGAAGAGGGCGAGAAAGAGAGGACAGAAAACAGAGAGGAGGGGAGGUUUGCAUCUGGGCGGCGGACCCAAUAUCGGAGAAGCACAGACAGGGAGGAAGAGGAGGAGAUGGACGACGAAGCCAUCAUUGCUGCUUGGAGACGCCGGCAAGAGGAAACUAGGACUAAGCUGCAGAGGAGGAGGGAGGACUGAGCAGGCCGGGCCCACUCGCUGCUCGGCUCAGGCUCAGGCUCAGGGCUCACACUGCCACCACCCAUCACGGGGUGAGGAUGCAGAGAGGAUCUGCCCAACAGGCAGAGCCGAAAGUGCCCAAGGUGGAAGGAUACGGAGGUGCAUUGGUGGGAGGAGAGGAGCCAGGGAGGCGAGCUCCAUGCUGGACUAGCUCAGGCCAUUUCUGGUGGUCCAAGGCCCUCUAUGCUUGGUGCCUCACUUACGACGUAUUUGAUAGUUUUUCAUUCUGGUCUGGAGAGGUGGGCUUGACAAGGAACGUACGUCCAGAAGGUAAUGAACUCAGGACUUGGUUCUGUUCCUCUGUCUUGAAGCAAGUCUGACCUCUUUCAGCAAUGCUCAGCUCUGGUUGUUUCUUUUAAUGUCUUGAUCUCCAUUAAAUUGUAUGUUGUCAAUCUUU